AUGGCAGAAAAUACACACGAUGAUAGCUUACGACAAGUAAAAUCAUGUGGAUUUCUCUUAAUGAAAUCUGAUCAGAGUUUUUUGUUGAUGAGACAUCGUGAUCGUUAUGAUUUACCAAAAGGACACAUGGAAAUUGGAGAAACUGAACGUGAAACAGCUUUACGAGAAUUACAGGAAGAAACACGAAUUCAAUCAUCAGCUAUUGACAUCGAUCCUGAUUUUCGUUUUGAAGACACUUAUUAUCCUAAGUAUAAACGUUUUGGCGGUGAAGUAGUCAAGAAAACACUCGUUAUAUUUCUAGCAAGAUUAAAAUCAGAUUCAACAAAAGUUAUUCCAAGCGAGCAUGGUAGUUUUCGUUGGUUAAAUUGGAGUUCUCCACCAUCUCGUAUACAAAACAAAACAAUUGAUUCAUUAUUAGAUAAAGUACAUGCAUAUUUAGAAAUAUCACAAUCUCAAUAA